UUUGAUCUCCGAUCCGAUUUGACGUCUUCAGCUUACGUACGUGCAAUUGAUGUAUGUGUAUCGCAAACAAAUUAAUCGUGAUACUUUAUAAAACAUUUUAACAUGUGAGUGAUGAGUUGUACCGAAAAUGAAAGUGGACCUUUUGUCGUAUUCUUCCUGCCAGCGGUCGUCGGCUGCUUGACUAUACUCUUGGCGAGACGUUGGGCAUACGCGCAAGUGAACAACACAGCGUCCACAGCGAUCUCUAGACGACGGAAAAUCAUCAAAGACCCGCUCGUGAAGCGGCCCUUGCCGCCGAUUACUUGUAAAAUGACUCCGCCGGGUGCCAAGAAGUCUUCUGGCGUCAGUAAAAAGGGGACAUCAUCACCUCAGGAAGAGGAUGUAAACAGCAAUGGAAAGCGAGUGGGGCGUGCCCGUCUAUCCCCAACACCGGCUACGCUCGACACUAAACUUGCGGACGGGCCUUCCCCUCCCAAGCAUAUCCCGUUCCCGUACAUACCCCACGACCCUGAGCUGCUGUUUGAGGCGAUGACGUUCAUCUUUACAGUGGUGGCUACGGGGCUCCAGUUCCUCAACUUGUAUAGGACGGCCUGGUGGCUUCCACAUUCAUACACCAAUCAAUCUAUGAACUUCUACCUCAUAGAUCCUCACCUAGUGGCAUUUAUAGUGACGUUGCUGUCCCGUCGUCUGUUGCUGAGUCUAGUAGUUCAGCUGUUGAAAGCCACGCUGGCGCCGCCGGCGUUGCCUCAUGGCAUUGUGGCAGCUAGAAUGUUCAUCCUGGGUAUGGUGAUAGGAGCGCUCGCCUGGUGCGCGUACUUCAUCGCCCUCAAAUAUCCCAUUGUCAAGAUCUUCUACCUCUGCUAUCCCGCGGUGGUAUACUUCAUCCUCUUUGGGCUCCAAUCCAGCCCGUUCCUGGAGCUCAGCAAUUCAGACACCCCGCUGCACUGCUGUUCGCACGACCCCGAACAGAUCCGAGCCGAGGUGGACUCCCUGCGGCAGGAUUUUAAUCUCAGGGUCAAGAAGAUCAUCUUCAACGCGGUAGUCGGGGCGUACUACUCUAGUCUAAUACCGUGCUGUUUUGCGCAGUCGUAUGUGUACUACGAUGUGUACCUCGCGUCGCAGCAGACGGCGUGCGUGUGCGGCGCGCUAGCGGCGCGGCUGGCGGCGCAGCUGCUGCCCGGCGCCUACGUGGACACGCACCACCGCGCCGCGCGCCACCUGGGCCGCUGGACGCAGGACGACACGGGGACAGCUAAUGACUGGAGCCCCUUGAAGUUAUACCAGCGUGGGGCGGUGGUGUCCCUCCACGGCGCCGCCUACACGUGCGUGACGGCGACCGCCGCCGCGCGGCCGGCCAGUGCGGAGCACUCGCGGUUCCAUACCGUGUUCUCCAACCCGUCAACGCUGCUCUGCCUGCUCCUCUGCCUCCAACUAUCGCUGAUAGUACUCCAGCUGGGCCUGCUGUACAGCUCCGCGCCCUGGCACAACUUCCUCGCCACCAUCUUACUGCUCUUCAUCAAUUAUUACACCCUCUUCAAGAUGGCUAGGGACUAUCUAGUCUCCUGGAAGGUCUAUAAAGCGGAGAACAUGAUACAGGAUAAGAAUUCUGUUGUCAAUUAAGUGCUGAUGAAAGUCAUUCCGUGUGUCCUAUGUUAGGAGCAAAGCCACAUUGGUUGGUAAAAGUUUAAUGUUUAUUUUUCUUGUAGUGAGUUUUAUUUAUUAGGAUUGACUCACGAUAUUGAGAAUCUGUUCAGUUAGGUUAACUUUAAGUAGCGUUAUUGUCUGUUGAAAAUUUUGUCUCACAAUAAGUCUUAUUGAAUUCUUAUAAUUUUGUACUUAAUCUUCUAUUUCUCAGUUUUUGGACAACGUUCUCUAUUGAGAAUAAUAUAUGGAAUUUUAAAAGACUGACUUCGACUGGCAUGUUCUUCCACUCCUGACACUUUAAAUGGAUUGGACUAUAUUUCCGGGAUUCAUUUUGUAGUUAGAUAAAAAUCUGGUAAUAAACAUAUGUAAAUUGCAGAAAUCAACAAUCUGUCCAAACUUCAAAGUAAAAUAGGUUUCAUUGAUAUCAAUAUGUCAUUUUUUCAGUGUAUUUUAGUGCCCUCUAAUUAUUGCUAUCUCAAAUUUACUGACGAGUGAAAUCAACUUAAAACUUCGAAAUACAAAACUGUUUUAGUGCAAAAGUAAAUAACCACUGAAUGUAUUUAUUUGUGUAUCUUAGUAAAACUAUGAAAAUAAAUUUAAUUUAUGGUAUAGGUUACCCUAUUGUAGAGUUGAAUUGGAAGUGGUAAUGAUGGUUAACUUAGUAAAGAAUUGCAGGGCCAGUCUUGUAACGUGUAUCACCGACUAAUGAUGCUAAUGCAAAGAUUCAUUCAUUGUAUAAGUUAAGAUGUGUAAUCGCUAAGAUUAAUUAAAAAUUAAAAUUAAUUUAAUUUUAAUUUUUAAUUAGAUUUGACAAAUCUGCGCGUCAUCGUGUAUGACACGGACUAUAGUUGUGGUUACCAAAAGUUGACGUUUGUAAAUUCAGAGGAAAACAACCAACAGAAAAAUCAUAAAACGCUAUCUGCCUCUGUCGAUCUAAUAUGCAAUAGAGGCAUAUAACGAUUUUUCGAUUUUGGCCCUCAGUUACCAAAAAGCAAGGCUUCGUGUAGCGCUGUCUAGUUGGACUGUCAACUAGGGGGCAAGAAUUUUUCUUCGUUAAUUUUCGUUCGUAAUUUACAAUACGGUACAAACAAGUACGAUUGACAACAUAGUUAACUGACCUUUGGUAAUUUUAUCCCUUGUUUACAUUUAUACAUAAAUACGAUGGAAACUAAUGUUUUAUGUUGGUGAUAACAUAGUUACUAUCUGUUUCGUCAUUCAUAUUGCUCAAUACAUCAGAGACCGUUUAUUUAUAGUGUUGUAUCCGUCAGUCUGUUUAUAUUUCAUUAUCAUGCUCUUGAUAUAGGUAACAAUGACUUUGCUUAGUGCAAAAAAGUUCAUAUGACUGUAAGGUAAAUUAACAAUUAUAUGAUUACUUGCCAUA